AUGUAUAAUAAGACUUUACGAGUCAAUGCAGUCAGAGUCGGGUUAAAAGAAGUGAAGAAUCUAUUAGUAGACGAGGCCCCCUUAUCACAAUGGCAAAUAACAAACGGCGGUUCAAAUCUAGUUAGAGAAUGUACAUUCAAGACAUUUGAACAGACAUGGGCAUUUCUUACACAGGUAUCGAUGAGAGCACAUCUCUGGGGCCACCAUCCAACAGUCAUUACCACGUAUAACAGAGUCAGGAUAGAAUUAACCACUCACGAUAUCCCAAAUGAUUCAACGACUCCUAGUAGCUCCGGCGUCUUAAGCGAUAUCGAUAUCAAAUUAGCAAAACAAGUGGAGAAGUAUCUGGAACUUUAUAGUCCUAAGAAAUGA